GGCUAGGGCUGUGGCAUUCAGUGGCCUGGCCCCUCUCGCUUCUCCCUGACAACUCUGAGCUUGCUGUUCUCUCUCUAGCCAUGAUUGCCAGACAGCAGUGUGUCCGAGGCAGGCCCCAGGGCUUUAGCUGUGCCUCAGCCAUCGUAGGUGGGGGCAAGAAGUCUGCUUUCAGCUCCAUCUCCUUGUCCGGGGGCGCAGGCCGCUGUUCCUCUGGGGGUUUCGGCAGCAGAAGCCUCUACAACCUUGGAGGGAACAAGAGCAUCUCCAUCGGCGUGGCUGGGGCCCGGCAAGGUGCUGGCUUUGGGGCUGCUGGGUGUUUUGGGGCUGGCGGCUUUGGCACAGGAUUUGGUGCUGGCGGCUUUGGUGGUGGACUCGGCGGGUCCUUCGGUGGAUGGGGUGGGGCUGGCUCUCUUGUCUGCCCUGCCGGAGGGAUUCAACAGGUCACCAUCAACCAGAGCCUGCUCACUCCACUCCACGUGGAGAUCGACCCUGAGAUCCAGAAGGUCCGGACCCAAGAGCGGGAGCAGAUCAAGAUCCUCAAUGACAAGUUCGCCUCCUUCAUCGACAAGGUGCGGUUCUUAGAGCAGCAUAAUAAGGUGCUGGAGACAAAGUGGAACCUCCUCCAGCAGCAGAAAACCACCACAUCCAGCAAAAACCUCGAGCCCUUCUUUGAGGCCUAUAUUAGUGCCUUGAGGAAGCAGUUGGAUACCUUGACCAAUGACAAGGGACGCCUGCAGUCUGAGCUGAAGAUCAUGCAGGACAGCGUGGAGGACUUCAAGGCCAAGUAUGAAGAAGAAAUCAACAAACGCACAGCUGCAGAAAAUGACUUUGUGGUACUCAAGAAGGAUGUGGAUGCUGCCUACAUGAACAAGGUGGAGUUGGAGGCCAAGGUGGACGGCCUUAAUGAUGAGAUCAACUUCCUGAGGAUCCUCUAUGCUGCAGAGCUGUCCCAGAUGCAGACCCACGUCAGUGACACGUCUGUGGUCCUGUCCAUGGACAACAACCGGGACCUGGACCUGGACAGCAUCAUCGCUGAGGUCCGCGCCCAGUACGAGGAGAUCACCCAGAGAAGCAAGGCUGAGGCCGAGGCCCUGUAUCAGAUUAAGAUUCAGCAGCUCCAGACCUCGGUUGACCAACAUGGUGACAGCCUGAAGAACACCAAGAAUGAGAUUUCAGAGCUCAACAGGAUGAUCCAGAGGCUGCGGGCUGAGAUUGAAAACAUCAAGAAGCAGUGCCAGACUCUGCAGGGAUCUGUGGCUGAUGCAGAGCAGCGUGGGGAGGCGGCCCUAAAGGAUGCCUACAGCAAGCGUGCAGAGCUGGAGGCUGCCCUGAAGAAGGCCAAGGAGGAGCUGGCCCGGAUGCUGCGUGAAUACCAGGAGCUGAUGAGCGUGAAGCUGGCCUUGGACAUCGAGAUCGCCACCUACCGCAAGCUGCUGGAGGGCGAGGAGUGCCGAAUGUCUGGAGAGUACCAGAACGCCGUGAGCAUCUCUGUGGUUGGUGGCGCUGCCAGCGCAGGAGGCAUCGGCAGCGGAGGGUUAGGGAGCUGCUCUGGAUUUGGCUUGGGCGCCGGCUUCGGCUCUGGUUCCGGAAGUGGCUUUGGGUUUGGUAGCGGGGUUUGUGGCGGUGCUGGCAGCAAGAUCAUUUCCACCACCACCACCUCCACCCUGACCAAGAGGUCCCAGCGAUAGAGGAGAUGACGUCCCUGCAGCCCCCUGGGGCCAGCCUGGCGCUGCCUUGGUGUCUCUGCUUCCUUCACUCCCCUCCCUACUCCGUUCCUGGGCCUCAUCUCACCUGUGUCAACUCAGUGCCAGGGCAUGGACUCUGCCUUCUUGGAGUUUGGUCGCAUCUUCCUGAUUUGGGCUUGGUGACCCAGCUGGAACAACGGGAGAGGGAUCAGCUGACUCUUCACCGCCCAUGGACAGAGGAGAACACAACGAGAUGCUUCCUCUCUAGAAUUCUCAGGGUCACAUAUGUCCCCUCCUCGUCCAAUGCCAUCGCCUACCAGAUCCCGGAUAUCUCUGCAUCAGGACCAAACUCCUUCUCCAUCACUUGGCAACAGUGGCCCUGUGAGGUUGGGACAAGAACCACUCAGCACCCCAUCCAACUCUCUUCUCCUUCCCUCUAUCCGUCUUUGGGUGACUCUUCAAUAAAACGCUUUUGUCAUUUA